AUGUCGGCCCCGCGCGGCGUCACGUCGCAGAUGGCGAACGAGGUCGACCGUAGCGCCCAGCGAGAACAACCACCUUCUCUUGCAGACCUUCCUUGGAACAAUCCCGCCGUGACGUACACACCCGCACACUACACGCGUCGAAAUCUGCUGCAGGACCGGCUUUUGCAGAGCAACGAAUAUCAUCGCCGGCGAGUCAGGGCAGUCAUUGAGUUCUCCAGAGAUUUAUUGAUGCGGCUUGGACAGAACCAGGACGAUGACGACCUGAUACUAUACAUGAUAUCCAAAGAUCGCCUUCACGACGCAUGGAUUGAUAUCUUCCUUACAACGCCUGACUACUAUCUGCAGAUGGCACCAGCUGAGAUUCAAGAAGUAUACCAUAAGCAGAUUGCAUCAAUGUCAAAUGGGGUAAAGAUCAACGAGGAGUAUACCCUGGGUCGACCGAGAAAGCGAAAAGCUUCUGAAACUGAGAACGGGGUCCAAGUACUUCGCACAGCUAAUGCAGUUAACAAUGCAGAAGGACAAGUGCAUGAGUCUGGUAAGCGACCCCACCACGAGAUCUCCGCACUGGCAGAAGAAUCACAAUCUCAGCAUCGCUCGUCACUACCCUCCGAGAGUCUACUUUCAGCUUGUUCGUCGCAGGAGCUGGACCGCAUCUUAGACAUGUUCAUGCCAGCUCUGAGCGCUCAAGUUGCUAUCCCCACACAUGAUCCGAUAGCGUCUGCGCCAGAGCCGGUGCUCAACGCGAUGGCGGUCGCACCGGCAGUGGUAGUAGCACCUCCAAGUCAGCCCGUGAUCCCGGUAGCUAUGCCUCCAACAGGCGUAGCCCCCCAGCCUAGCUUAGCGGACCCCAUUGCUGCUUACAUGGCUGGUAACCCCUUCAGAAACACACAAGAUAUCGCCGGUCAGGGAUGUGCAGGCAUUGCAAUGUCCCGUGGUCAGAUCCGUGCCUUUGUCGAGAUUCAAGGUAGACCAUUGGCAAGCCUUCCACCUGCGGCCAACUCCCACCAUCGUCAUGAGCUGAGGGGUGUGGCUCCACCAAAAACGGUUGAUCCUACUUUGAUCAGCUGUGUCACGACUGCGCAGGAAAUUCUCACUGUAAGUCUACUGCUCCGAUCUGAAAAGCGCUCACUGAUACUCGAUCAGUUUCUUCCAUUUCAGACCGUGAACUACGAGCUUUGGGAUCGCAUUCGGAAGUCCUGGGCCCCAAAGGCGAUCGCUGAUCUCAUAGCCUAUGUUCGUCAGCUACGCUCGGGUAAGAGCUUCCACCGGACGACCUUCCACCACUAUCACGAUAACCGACCGGAAGACAUACCAGAGCAUACUUUCACCACGAACGUACCUUCAAACAUGUCACCGAGAGGUAAACUGGACAAAGAUGCCCGCACCUGGCCUCUUCACGACUACUUCCUUUACCAUCUGGGGGACGGAGUAGUGCAUUACCCCGCUGGUCGCAACGCACAGCUCAUGACGCACUGCGUUUGGCAUGUGCGGAAUGUAUCCCAUGACAUGGAUGUCAAGAUGUCGGAGAUCGUCCAGUAUGCAGCGAAGCACGGCAUAUCCGUUCCCGCUGCGGAUCUGAUUCAGCCGGACACAAACGUGGUAUUGGAAGACACGCCUUCGCCGGCCUUCCUUGCUAUGAUCCACAAACAUUUUGUAAGCAACUCCAACAUCGCCCAAACAAGAGCAAGCGACAUUAUGAAUCAGAAUAACGACCUCGCGAAUAGUGCGGCGUCUCCUUCAGGUGGCUCAGGCUACACGCUGAGUCACAUCGUCAGUCACGGCGGUGAUAACCCUGCUCAAGUCCAAGACUAUCAAGCGUCAGAUGAACUGACUCGCAACGGACUGCGCGCUGAGGCAGCGUUCAAUACACCCAUGGUCCAGCUGAUCAUCAAGGACUUCUGCGACUUGAGCGAGCGACUAGAGCAGAUCGGGGCCAUGGUUCCCACACAGAGUGGCCUACAUUACUGGGUUAGCGACUCCGCCAACGGAAGGGGUAUCAUCGUUGCCGAGUGUGUCGAACUCUUGAGGUACGCGCCCGGAUACACCGUGCGCGUUCCGCGUGACGUGCGAUUAGCAUUUGAAGCCCUCAACACCCUCGAACUCGUAAAACAAGCUAUGUAUCACAGCCUCUCGGGGUAUCUACGAUACCUCGAAACCCAACAGCCGGCGCAGGCUCUCCAAGCUUACCAACCACCACCACCACCUAUUCUACUUAAACGCCAGGACCAGAUCGUUGUACCGCAAGGACCUAGAACAUCCGGCGUUCGGUCCAGUGGUUCCGCUGGUAUUCAUCGGUACGAGUGGCCAGAGUCUCGCAAACUUGCCUGGCUUUGCAUCACCCCACGUAUGGUUCUACCUGAGAAGGCUUUAGAAUCUUCAUACUGUUCCUUCAACAGCGUAGCGCUGUGGGACCAUGUUGACGUCCGCCUGAUUGGACCCAACAUCGAGGUGACUCUUGUGGAGAUUGCUGCGGUAGGCUACUCAAUCCCUCCCCCAUACGCGCAAAAUGAACUGACGAAGGAUGCAGUUCUUUCCUCGAGCAGCCUCAUGUUGGAGGGCUAUCUGGAAGCGCUUCGAAGCGAGCGGAUGGAAUCUUCAUAA